CUCAGGUGAAGCCUUCCCCCGCUGGGCUGUGAGAGCGCGCACCAGGCAGCCGCUCCUGCAGUUGCCUCUGCCUCAGUUUCCACACCCGUGAUGGAAGUGUGGACUCCUGCUCUCUGAGUGCCUGACGUGGCGUCUGGAGAGUCCUGCUCAAGUAGAAGCGCUGGAGGGAAGGCGUAGCUUGAAGUCAAUGGCCCAAAAUGACUCUGCUAGUGGAGAUUCGCUUCCGCAUCCGUAAGGAGAAAGACCAGGUCAGAGGCUGGGAUGAGCAUGCCACUGCACCAGAUCUCUGCCAUCCCUUCUCAGGACACCGCUUCCGCUAGAGGCUACAGAAGCAAGACCAAAGACAAGGAGCAGGAGCAGAAUGAGAAGACUUUGGGACAUUCCAUGAGUCAUCCAAGUAACAUUUCUAAGGCUGGGAGUAGUCCUCCAUCCACGACGGCUCCAGUGUCUUCCUUCUCUCGCACUUCUGUCACACCAUCCAACCAGGACAUCUGCAGUUCCAGUGCACUGUGUUCUGAGUGUUGUCACUACAGUCCCAUGCAGUCUGCUGUUGUCUUGAAAGCUCCUCCAUGCCAGAGUUCUCUGACGCCAGGGCUCACUGUGACAGUUAUCUGUAAAGACACAUUACAGGCAUCAAAGAGAAAUCCCUUUGGUUCAGACUGGGACCAAGCCUUGAGGCCUGCUAAGAAUACUAAGGCCAGAAGAGCACUCAGAUUCUCCAAGUCCCUAAGUGAUGUGGGUGAGAAAACCCAGGAUGCUUUGGAAAGUUUUGACUACAUGGAAAGAACUUGUUCUGAAGGGAAACUGGUGCUUCCUCAAGGUCCAUCCCUCAAAAAGAACAAGCUCCAUCAUAAAGAAAAAGGAGCAGAACACUGCCCACCCCAUGACCGUUCCAAACACUCGCAGGCCUUAUCCCUUUCUACCAACCAUUCGGCUGCCUCGAAAAGGGAAGUUGGUAAAGGAAACAUACGCAUCCCACUUUUGGAGGAGAAAGCCGAUGGUGAGGCCAGGUUGAGAAGCCAGCGUCUGCUUCGGUACCUGUUCUCACUCUCCCGUGGCUCAAGUGCCAGCAGCCUGCAUAGGUUCCAUGAGCUGGAGAGCCAUGCCAGCCAUCUGCGUACUGCCAAGUCCUCCAGCUGGCUGGCAGGGAGCACGGACUUCUGUUCUGAUGAAAUGGGAGAUGACGACGUCUUUGAGGAUACAUCAUCUGCCAAACUGAAGAGCAGGGUCCUGCGUGCACCCCUCUGCUCAGUAGAGAAGGACAGUGACCUGGAUUGUCCUUCUCCGCUCUCUGAAAAAUGCACCCCCAUCUCUCCUGUGUCCACCUCAGGGGAUGCCUGCAGGAUCUGCCACUGUGAAGGAGAUGACGAAAGCCCUCUGAUCACCCCCUGUCACUGCACAGGAAGCCUUCAUUUUGUGCAUCAGGCUUGCCUGCAGCAGUGGAUCAAGAGUUCUGACACACGCUGCUGUGAGCUCUGCAAGUACGAGUUCAUCAUGGAGACCAAGCUGAAACCUUUGAGGAAAUGGGAAAAGUUGCAGAUGACUGCUAGUGAACGCAGGAAGAUCAUGUGCUCAGUGACAUUCCACGUCAUUGCUAUCACCUGUGUGGUCUGGUCUUUGUAUGUGCUCAUUGACCGCACCGCAGAGGAAAUCAAGCAGGGUCAGGUGACAGGAAUCCUGGAGUGGCCUUUCUGGACUAAACUGGUAGUUGUGGCCAUUGGCUUCACUGGAGGACUUCUUUUUAUGUAUGUUCAGUGCAAGGUGUACCUACAAUUAUGGAAAAGACUCAAGGCUUAUAAUAGAGUGAUCUAUGUUCAGAACUGUCCAGAAACAAGUAAAAAGAAUAUUUUUGAAAAGUCUGCACUAACAGAGCCCACCCUUGAAAAUAAAGACGGACAUGGAAUGUGUCAUUCCACCACAAAUUCCUCUUGCACAGAGCCUGAAGACACUGGAGCAGAAAUUAUUAACGUCUGACAGUGUGGAGGGCAUCAUUUCCCUGAUGACCACAAGAGCUGACGGGAUUUGUUUACUGCCAACUGUGUUCCUUCCUUCUGUCAUUUAAUAGCAUAGACUGGGCAGGUAACUAUUGAUAGUGGCCUCUCUUUUUCUCAACUCCUUGGUGUGAAUAUCCUAGAAUUCCUGUGGGACACGUGCCACUUGGGUCCCUGUCUGCCAGGUCCCUCUGUGAACUGGGAAGGUGGGAGACCCCAAGUAACCGUGUUGAGGAGCUGACUGAGCCCCAGCCCCUGGUCUUGAGCAGAAUAAGGAAGUAAAAAGCUAAACCAGGGGAAAGAACAGUGUGGGGGAGACCAGUGGGAAGAAAAUCCCCAGGGGACAGAGCUGCAUAGCUGGGGAGGGCUGUGCUUGUGAGAAGGUUCCCUUCUCACUGACAAGAACUGGAGGCGGGAAGGGAGCAGUACCUACACACACAGACCCCUGCCUUGCUCAGCUGGUGUUGCCAUACUGCUCUGGGACUAAUACAACCUUGGGGCCCUGUGUCUGCUGGGAUGUGACUCACUGAGAAAACAGCACUUUAUAAAAGUUUUUAUUUUGGAAUUCUUGUGUCUAGUGGGUGUGAUGCUUAAAAAAGUAUCACAUUUAGACAUGUUCUCUUUAUUGCCCUGUUAUUCUUUGUAUCAGAAUUGAUUUGAAACCAUUUCUGCCUUACAUAUUCUGAAUAGUAGGGUUUUCUUCCCAUACCCAGAAAAGACUCAUGACUUAAAGCAAGACAGACAGGUCUGAGACAUUUUUCCUUAACAGAGUCCCUGGAAGUCUGUGGAUGCUAGGUACAUGCUCUGUGUUUUGAGCCUGUUUUUCUGAUAAAUCCUAGCUCCUAAACCACCCAUACAUUUCUGUUUUGUCAACAUUGAAAUGGAAGGGUUUUGAGAUCUAAUGGAUCUAAAUUAGGCUGAGUGUUUAGAAAAUGCUCAUUUGACUGACAGAAGUCUCCUGAUGGAAUGGACACACACACCCUUGUGAUUCACCUCUGCUGCCCACUGUGUUGACAAAGUUCUGUAGAGUCACUGCUGAGGGUGGGACAGGCCAGCUCUGGGAUGAGACCUUGGUAUGAAUAGUCAACUGCCAUGGCCACUGUGUCACUGAGCUGGCCCGCACCCACUCAUCGCCUUGACCAGACCUGACAGCUCCACAUGUGAUCCAUUCCAUCACUGGGGUUACCUCCUGCACCAUUUUUCACAAAACAGACAAAGUCAAAUCACCACCAUUAAAUGGCCUCUGUCCCUUUAAAAAGUGUUCUGAACAUUUUUUUCUUGAAGGCCAUUGUCACAGUGCCAGGCAAUAGUCAACUCACAAUGUGACAUAGGAGAGAAGUGUACUCUCCUAAGAGCUGCUGUUGGUUACAGGGUCUUCAGAGCCUCCUGAGGUGGAAGGUGCAAUGCCUGGGGUCCUGAGCUUUGCUGCUUUAUCUGUCUUCUUCAGAGACUGAGGAAACCGAAGAUGACUCUUUUGUGGUUCCCAGUAGAAGCCCUGUGCUUGGUUCACAGGGCAGGUGGAGGCUGGAAGGCUGUGGAAGCAGGUUGUCCUGUUAUUCCCUGGUCUACUCUCUGGGGUCAUGAGUUCAGUUGUGGAACUGUUUUGCCAGAGGUUUCAGCCAUUAUCCAAUCAGCCCACCCCUUAGGUUAGUCUUCUCUCUCCCAGACCACAUAAGCCUCCCUGUGCUCACUAUGCCCCAAAGUGCAAUUCCUGACACACCUUCUCUGUCUGGGGUGCCAGAUAGCUGUAGACGGCCCGUUAGGGAGCCCUAGCUGUACCGCGCAGCAGCUACUACAGGUGAGUCCCUGGUCCCACAUCUGUCCCUGAUGUGAAGCUCCUACAGUGGGUGAGCAGUCACGUGAGGCGGAGAUUGUUUGAAGCAUGAAGUCCCAACUAGCCACUGAGGCCUCUGUAGAGAGGAGAGUACCUCAUUGGGGGUAGUCCCUGCACAGCUGUCCCAGGGCCUUGUACCCCACAUAGAUAAGGUGACUUUAGAACCAUGGCUUUUAUGUUGUUCUCUUCAUUUCAGGAAUGCCUAACUCCAUAUCUUCUCUAGCUACUCUGAUGAAAUCUGUCCUUCAUCUUCUUUCCCGUCCAGCUAUCCCCUGCUCAUUUUUCCUGCAGGUUCUCUGAUCUAGCAAACACCUGUACCUGUUGGUGACUCAGUGCAGGAGCCAGCGAGGCAUGCGCUAUGAAGCACGAUGGCAGGGCUCUGGGUCUGCCUGGGCUCUCCUAGUCCUUGUCUGCUUGCCCUCUGAGUAGUUGUGCAGGGUUAUCUGUCUAUCCCAUUUCUCCUCAGUUUGAGCCUGAAUAUGGUGGGCAGAUGGCAUGUGGCUGAACCAAACAGAUCUAGGAUGAGAAUUCAGGGCCAGGAGGCCUUAAGCUUGUGGGUCAGAUAAGAAGGAAGUAGUCUCAGGGUAUCACUGUCCAGCCCUCUCUCUAAUCUGGCCUUUACCCCAUGUGUCAUGGGCCCAUUGGCACACUGUUGACAUUAACUGCCACAAGUAAGUAGGCGGUUGUACCCAAGUUUAUGCAAGAAUUCCCUGGAAAUGUUGUAAAGUUCUCUUCUUACUCUGGGUUUCUUUGUUUUUACUUUCUGGCUUUAGCACACUCUUUAGUCAUGUGACCUAGUUUCCAAACCUGUGGGUGUCUCCACCUGGACUCAGAUGCAGACCUCAAGCAGUGGGGCAGGAGACAGUUCAAGGCCUUGGGUGGUGUCUAAAUGACAGGAGGCUGAAGGCUGGAUGGGCAGGGUGAAGAGCUAUAAUCUUGUGGGUGUGGUUAGAUACACAUGCAUGUUUGAAAUACCACCCCAUCAAAUCUGAUUUGAAAUAAUGCAGCUUAUAUCUGUAGCCCCCCAAAAGCCCAAAGCAUAGGAAGAUGAGACAUUUGUCUUUGUGUUGGAAGUGAUUGAUGAAGGUGUGUAACUGGUGCACAUUUAGAUGUAAUGUUUAAAGUUGAUUGUUAAUAAAAACCAAAUUUACACUGGUGUGUGUAGUGUAGUUUCUAAAAAGCACUUCACAUUUUAAAUUUUUCUUAGAAAAUUUCUAGUAAUCUAAAUGUCUAAUUUUUUAAUCUUUUUGUGUAUGUUCACUGUUUCUCAGUAUUACUGCUUAAAUAAUUCUCUGUGUAGGGGAUUUGUUUGUGCUAUACACGGGGUGUCUAAAGGCAGCAAUAAAGCUUUUCUUUACAAAGGAA